GGCGGAGGCGGCGCAGGCGCUGCGGCGUGAGCCAGACGCGCCGCACUGGGUGUUGUACUGUGGGCAGCGUGCGCUGAGCCGGCGGGGAAGAAAAUCACAGGAGGCAGCUGAGGCGCGGCGUUCGCGGGGCCUGGGCCUGACUCUGCUUCGCUCCAGCGGCAGCGCCGGUUCUGCCGAGGAGCCGGCAUGAUCCGUCUGGAGGUGAGCGGCGCAGGAGCCUGCUCCGGCCUGCUGCACCUGACUCCCGACCGCACCGCCAGGUGGCAGGUCGUGCUCCGUCUCUUGCGCUGCGCUCGGCUGGCGCCGCUGGUGGAGGCGCUGCUUCAAUUGGCCGAGAAACACUGCAGAGAACUAUCCGAUUACGAGACAUCUCCGCACCACGCCCAGCCAAAGCCGCUGACCAAUCAGAGCCAGUCAAGCUCUGAUGAGGCGUCGUCAGGAACCAAUGGGGCGCCGUCUCACCGUGACGUGGCCGCCAGUAGGAGGGGCCUGACGACGGCCGCCGACGUCAGAGCAGACCUGCAAUAUUGGGACGGGAACCUUGCCGGCCAGCGCGCGCACCUCCACAGCGAAUCUCCCAGCGGAGAGAAGCACCACCUCGUGGAGAACCUCUCCAGCACCCGGCACGGGGAGAGCCUCCCUUCCGAUGCCGUCCAUGAGAUGCGCCCGAUGAACAGCGCGCCGGCCGACGGUUACGCCGAGCCAUACUGCGGGGAGCCACCGCCGACGGGCGGACGUCACGUGCGAGAUCCGAGCCGGAAGCCGCUGCGGACAUCAAGCGGCGAGGACGGACCGGCGGGACCGGUGGGACCGGCGGGACCGGCGGGACCGGCGGGACCAGCGAGUGCGGAUGUCGCCGGUCGGUCGGCCACGUGCGGAGCUGAUCACCACAGGCGCCGGACGGUGCCGGCUGAAGAGGGCCGGCCGGGUGGCCCCUCGUCGGCGCGCCCGACUCGCUCCACGCGGCCCUGCGUGUUGCGACGAGGUCGCGCCAUCUGCAGCACAGAUGGCGCUACCAUUUGUGAUAUAGAUGGCGCUGUCAUUUGCGCCUCGGAUGAUCCCAGCACCGGUAACAGGAGCGAGACCACAACGUGCGAGACAGGUGGCGCCACCUGCAGCCCGUGCGCACCGGCCGGUCGUGCCGUGGCAGAUGCUGUCAUCUGCCUCGCAGGUGGUGCCACCAUGUGCGGCGAAGCCAGCGACGUUCCUGCAAGCUCGGCAACAGAGGACUUCCGUGCCCACGGGGGCACUGCUGAUGAGGGUUGUGACUCUCCGCUUGGAUCUCCAGCUCCGGUCGAUCCGUGCCAGCUCCAGAACAGCUGCUACGGGCAACACCCAGCACCAGCCGCGCCGAGUGCCACGGAGGCACCAGCACAAGCUCAGGCACCGUCAGUAAAGGCGGCGCCACCAUCGCCCUGCGCCAGCUGCGACUGCGUGCACGUGUCGGCGGCGUGUCCGCUGCUGCAGCCACGAUGCUGGGUGCAGGACGCCGACGGCCCGACGGCUGCCGAAACGCUACCGCCGUGUCUGCACAUAGAUGGCAGCAUGGUGCGGGCGGGAGCGGCCGGCCUGGCUGCCUUCACGCUGCUUGGGCCAUUGCGGGGCCGCCCGGUGCGGCCCGAGCAGGUCACAGACGCGACGGGCCUCCACCACAUCUGGGAGGUGUACGGGGAGGGCGUGUUCCUUGACACGAUAGACCCUGCCAGCUCCAACUGGUUCCGGUUGCUGCGACCGGCGCCGACGCGGGCCGAACGGACGGUGGCAGUCCUCACCAGGGGACGCUGCCUGUUCGCCGUCACCACGUGCGACCUCGCUCCCGACCAGGAGCUGCUGUACUGGCAGGACGACCCCGGCAACACCUGGCAGCGCAAGAACAUGCUGAAGAACAGCUGUGGCGGCUGCAAUCUCAAGUUUGAGCACCCCUUGUUCUACCGGCGCCACUGCUCAUUAUUUCACGAGCCGGGAACCCCACUCACCAUUCGCAAGUACUACUGUAAGGUGUGCGGUGAGGCGGUGCUGGGACGUCAGAAGCUGCUGCGGCAUGCUUUGGAGCAGCACGGCGGUGCCGGCGCUUACCAGUGCCAGCACUGCGGCAAGUACUUCCGUCGGCUCGGCUACCUGGACGUACACCGGAACCACGGCUGCGCGGCCAACCCGCUGCGCACGCACCCGCUCUGUCACCUGUGCGGCACGCGCUUCUGUCAGCCGCAGAAGCUGCGCGCGCACAUCCGACGUGUCCACUCAGAGGCCGGCUCGCCGCCGCCGGAGUUCCGCUGCCAGAGCUGUGGCCGGGUGCUGAGCUGCGGCACGGCACUCCGACGGCACAUGCGUGAGGUGCACGCGGCGGCGGACGGCCGUCACGCCCAGCUCCACUGCCGCCGCUGCGGCAAGCCCUUCCAGAACCGCUCCAACCUCAAGAUCCACAUGCUCACGCACUCCGGCGUCAAGCCGUUCCACUGCGCGCUGGCAGACUGCGGCGCCACCUUCACCACCAAGCAGUGUCUGCAGUUCCACUACCGGCGCCAGCACCAGCUGACCGGCUCGGCCAUGCCUCCCAUCCGCCGCGCCGUGCCCUUCACUCUGACGGCCUACUCCGGCUCCCUGUCGGAGGAGCCGGCGGCGACGGCGGCGGCGGCGGCGCGGCGGCGGCUAACGCGAUCCGACGCCGUCUGGGAGCCGGCGGGAGCCGAGCGGCCCGAGCGGCCCGAGCGGCUCCGCUUCCCCGGCUUCUCGGUGUCACGCGACCUGCCCGACCAGAGCAACGGGCCGCGCCUGCUGCGGGACGCCUCGCGCACCGAGCUGGACAGCAUCGAACCCAGCGUCGGCCUCAUCCUGGACAUGAGCUACCGGCACCGGGCGGAGCAGACGUGA